GAGCAGGUUUCCCAGGGUAUUAUUGACCACAUCGCCUACUAACCUGCAGAAGUUGAUGGCUCUGUCCCCCAGUUGUGGGAAGAAGUACAUGCAGACGAAAACUGCAAGUCCCAGCACUGUGCACAGCACGAACACCAACCAUAACAAGAUCACCAACAGGGCUACUGCGAUCUCUAACAACAUCUUGAACAUGCCUAAUAUUUAUAAGGAACAUGAACGUUCUCAAGAUAGCGAUCAGCAAGGCGUCUUGGUCACUAAGGCAACAACUGUUUGAAGACUUUUAGGUAUCUGAUAAGGUUGUUCUGUAUUACUACACUCUAGGUGUACUGUGGUCUCCUUGUAUUCCUAUACUUCCAAACUGAGUCAUAAAGUCAGAUGUCCCCAACGCUUACGUGUACUUCCGGGUUUUCAACAUGCAACAGUUUCAGGUGUUGGUUUUCCUCAAAUGAUACAGUCAAAGUGUCGUGUUUGUGCUUCAUUAAUGAUGAAGCUUGUCCCAGGAAACAGUCAGCUCCUCGUCCUUCUAGAUUUGUCCGAUCGUGAAGAAAUGAUAUUUUGCAGACUUCUGUUGACGAUGUUGUUGUGGGAGGGUACUAGGGUGGGAUCUUGGGAUGACCAAGUUGAGUCAUUCAAACGUUAAUCUCACGUUUGCUCAAUUUCUAACGAUCUUAAAUCGACGAGAUGAUCCUUGGUGAAACACCACCUCCCCAAGAUCAAAAGUUGAACAUCUGUGGCUAUGAAAACUGAAGAAAACACCAGGCGCACAAUUACAAGUCGACUACAGAUAACCUUGCUUCCGCACAGCUGACUAUGGGUCAAAGGUCAGCCAGACCAAAAUGGCUGCCACGGGUGUGUUGGCGAUAGGGUUUGUCGGUUUGUUGGCAGUUUUCGCGCUGCUGAGGUUGUUCUUCGUGUUCAGAGGAUUGGGAAAAGACAGAAAACCCUUGGCAAGAUCCGAUGGCACCAUCAGGACGUUAGUUGUUGUCGGUUCAGGAGGCCACACAACUGAGGUUCUACGUCUCAUGAGUGGGCUGUCAGACACGUAUUCCCCGCGCUAUUACAUCAUCGCUGAGACAGACCAAAUGAGCGAGGAAAAAGUUCACAGGUUCGAGAGAGGAAAACAUCCAGGAAAGAAGGGCGUGGUAAGUCUGCCAUUCAUAGUUUUGAGCUAUUGUGCCUUUUUCUUCUUGUCUCGAAAUACUGACUACAACUCUUCCAUGUUUUGA